AUGGCCACAUCCUUGGGCAAAAGAAUUGUCUUCACUGGUGGUUCUGGAAAGGCUGGACGACACUGCAUUCCGUAUUUGCUCAACAAAGGACACCAAGUUCUGAAUUUGGACUUGGUGGACUUCCCGAAAGGCCACAUCCCUCCAGGCAAGAGUGUCUACACGAUGAAGACAGAUCUGACGGACGGCGCUCAAGUUUUCAAUGCAUUGUCAUCCCUGUUUUCGAUGAGUGAGUACGAUCUGCCGACGCAUCCUGGUCCUCCCGACGCUGUCAUUCACUUUGCGGCGUAUGCCCGCAACAUGAUUGUGCCAGACAGCGAGACGUUCCGGGGCAAUGUCAUGAGCACUUACAAUGUGAUCGAAUCUGCUUGCAAACUGGGUGUUAAGAAGAUCGUCAUUGCCAGCAGCGAGACGACUUAUGGUGUUUGCUUCACCCAGGGAGAGGAUGACUACCUUUCUUUCCCUCUCGAUGAGGAUACUUACGAUCGUAAUCCGGAGGAUACGUACGCCUGCAGCAAACUGGCCGGAGAGCGAAUUGCACGGACUUUUGCCCGACGCUUCAAUAACGAUAUCUAUGCGCUGGUGAUCGGGAAUGUGAUUGAGCCGCAGGAAUACGAGAAGGAUUUCCCUCGACAUGUGGGCAAACCUCAGACGAGGAAAAGGAAUGCUUGGAGCUAUAUUGAUGCUCGAGAUCUGGGCCAGAUAUGUGACUUGUGUGUCGCGAAGAGCGGACUCGGCUUCCAAAUAUUCAAUGCAACCAACGACACAAUUACCACGACAGUGCCGACGGAGGAGUUCUUGAAGAAGACGUGUCCAAACACACCAAUCACGCGGAAGAUGGGUGAGUGGGAGGCCCCGCUUUCAAACAAGAAAAUCCGAGAUGUUUUGGGAUUCAAGGAUGUUCACGAUUGGAGGAAGUAUUAUACUCAUAAGGAGUGA